AUGGUGGCCGCCGAGGGGCUGCGCGAGAUGGAGGGCAGCGCCCUGCGGCGCCUCGUGGGCCGCGACGACGGGACCGGCGUUGGCGCCGGUACCGGCGGCCCCGGGCGCUGCCUGCUGCUGGACUGCCGGCCUUUCCUGGCGCACAGCGCCGGGCACAUCCGCGGCGCGCUCAACGUGCGCUGCAACACGAUCGUGCGGCGCCGCGCCAAGGGCGCCGUGAGCCUGGAGCAGAUCCUGCCGGCCGAGGGCGAGGUGCGCGCGCGCCUCCGCGCCGGCCUCUACGCCGCCGUCGUGGUGUACGACGAGCGCAGCCCGCGCGCCGAGGCGCUGCGCGACGACAGCACCGUGGCGCUCGUGGUGCGCGCGCUGCGCCGCGACACGGCGCGCGCCGACAUCCGCCUCCUCGCAGGCGGCUACGAGCGCUUCUCCUCCGAGUACCCCGAGUUCUGCUCCAAGAGCAAGUCGCUGAGCAGCGGGCCGGGCCCCGGCGGCGCCGAGGGCCUCGACCUGGGCUGCAGCUCCUGCGGGACCCCCCUGCACGACCAGGCCGGGCCGGUGGAAAUCCUGCCCUUCCUGUACCUGGGCAGCGCCUACCACGCGGCGCGGCGGGACAUGCUGGACGCGCUGGGCAUCACGGCGCUGCUCAACGUCUCCCCGGACUGCCCCAACCACUUCGAGGGCCUCUACGAGUACAAGAGCAUCCCCGUGGAGGACAACCACAAGGCCGACAUCAGCUCCUGGUUCAUGGAGGCCAUCGGGUUCAUCGACGCGGUGCAGGAGCGGCGCGGCCGCGUCCUCGUGCACUGCCAGGCCGGCAUCUCGCGCUCGGCCACCAUCUGCCUGGCCUACCUGAUGAUGAAGCAGCGCGUGCGGCUGGACGAGGCCUUCGAGUUCGUGAAGCAGCGCCGCAGCGUCAUCUCGCCCAACUUCAGCUUCAUGGGGCAGCUGCUGCAGUUCGAGGCGCAGGUGCUGGCCACGUCGUGCGCCGCCGCGGCCGCCAGCCCGCCCUCGGCCGCCCCCGCCGCCCCCUUCGUCUUCAGCUUCCCCGUGGCCGUGGGGGCGCCGGGCAGCCUGCCCUACCUGCACAGCCCCAUCACCACGUCGCCCAGCUGCUAG